AUGAAUCUUGGGGCUCGCAAUCUGGAAUAUCGGGCAUGGGUUUAUGAAAACUCUCCGUCAUCGGAUCUCAAGAUGUCGUCCGACAAAGAAGAUGGCGGCAUAGUUGCCGAGAAGAUAAGUGAGGAAAGCGCACCCUCUAGCACUGAAGCAGAUGCACCCAGAACCACAGCAGUUCAGUUUGAGGGAGACGAGGCGGCAUUUUUGCGGACUAUCACAGCCGAUAUCCGGGAUCAAGAUGAUUUAGAGCGCGAUAUCACAACACAGGCCAACGCCGCCUUGAUUGAGGCAGAAGACAAGAAGGAUAAGCAGCGCAUUGAAAAGCUGGAAACCACUAAAGAUAAACUUGAGGCAAAAAGAGUAGAUCAACGGAAGAAGCUGGAAGGAGCUCGACGUAACCCUUAUCAGUCACGGAUCAUACAGAAGGAGCUCGAUAAGCUGGACCUAGAGAUUGAGAAUGCCAUCAACGACAUCUCGGACUGCCAAGCUCGCAUCGAUAAGAGACAGGAAGAGAUUGCGAUUGUGGAGGAUCCUGUCAAAAGCAAGUCUAAACGCUUGGCCGGCGAGUCGCACCGAGAAUACCUCGUCCGGACCGGAAAGAUCACGCCCUUUGCCAACAUUGGUGGCGAACGACCCGAUGGUUUCGAAGGCGAGCUAGCAGAUGUUCUUGUCGAGGCCGAGCAAGACGCGGCUGCGGAGGAAUACCAGAGCGACGAUGAAGAGCCAAAGUCUCAUCAAGUAUUGCGCAUGCCAGGCUUUGCUGAACAUCCAGAAGCAGCUCCGGCAUUCGUUGAGACCGAGUUUUCUCUACGACCAAGAAAAAAACGCAAGAUGGAUGAAGGAGCAUCGUCCGAUGAAUUCGAUGCAUCGACUGUGAGUUCGGCUGAAAGCCAGUACGCUUCGGACACUAGUGAGGAAGAAGCCACAGGUCGCAAGCGGAAGAAGGGCACAAAUACAGAUAAGAAGAACAAGCAUAAGAAGGCUGCGGAGAAUACAGUCACCGUUGGUAAUACAAAGGUCGACCUGAGCAGCGUCGACGAUGGAAAUGAGGCGAUCUACCAAGCACGCCUUGCUGAUUGGGUCAGGAGACGGAGUGCAGCUCGUCAACAGCAAAGUGCCAAUGCUGCUGGCGACGCCUCAAUUGAAGAUAAUGGCGAGGAGGAAUGGUUUAAACCCUCGCCUGAUCAGCCUGACCACGAAUUCGGUAACGGGCUGAGGCUCCCGGGAGACAUUCAUGCGUCGCUGUUCGCGUAUCAAAAGACCGGCGUUCAUUGGCUCGCUGAGCUUUAUGAGCAAGGCGUAGGCGGCAUCAUCGGGGACGAGAUGGGCCUUGGAAAGACAGUGCAAGCAAUUGCUUUCGUUGCGGCGUUACACUACACCAAGAAGCUCGACAAGCCCGUCAUAGUAGUCGUCCCCGCGACUGUCAUGCAGCAGUGGGUUAAUGAAUUCCACCGAUGGUGGCCCCCUCUGAGAGUGUCGAUUUUACACUCGUCUGGUAGCGGCAUGGUCAAUGUGGCUGAGGAUGAUGACGAUGAAGAUUAUCCUGGAGAUAGGACGAAUCGUGACGCCGCAGAGCGUAUCGUCAGGCGCGUUGCCAAGCAUGGACACGUUCUGGUCACCACGUACGCUGGCUUGAACACCUAUGGCGAGCAACUGCUGUCCCUGGAAUGGGGCUACGCCAUCCUCGACGAGGGCCACAGGAUUCGCACCCCUAAUGCAAAUGUCACAUAUCAAGCCAAGUGUCUCAACACACCACACCGCCUGAUCCUGUCGGGUACGCCAAUCCAGAAUAACCUCACCGAGCUGUGGUCUUUAUUCGAUUUCAUUUUCCCUAUGCGACUAGGGACUCUGGUCAACUUCAGACAACAGUUUGAGAUUCCUAUCAAGAUGGGUGGGCACGCGAAUGCGACUAAUCUUGCGGUCAUGACUGCUGAAAAAUGCGCGACGACUUUAAAGGAAACCAUUAGCCAAUACCUGCUUCAGCGGCUCAAGGUCGACGUGGCAUCAGACCUGCCGGAAAAGACGGAACAGGUGCUGUUCUGCAAGCUAACGCCGGAACAAAAUGAGGAGUACGUCAGGUUCAUUCAUUCGGAUGCGGUCUCUCAAAUCAUGGCCAAAAAGCGUCAAUCACUCUACGGAAUCGAUAUCCUGCGGAAGAUCUGCAACCAUCCGGAUCUUGUUAGUGUGAACAGGAAGAACCAACCAGGAUACGAUUGGGGAAGCCCCAGAAGAUCUGGCAAGUUGCAAAUGGUUGGCGACCUUCUUCCGAUGUGGAAGAAGUUUGGGCACAAAACGCUGCUAUUCUCCCAGACCAAAAUCAUGCUCAACAUCAUCCAGGACUAUAUCGGCAAGAUGGAGGGAAUGAACUACCUACGCAUGGAUGGAGACGUUACUAUCGAGAAGAGACAAAUUCUGAUCGACAAGUUCAACAACGAUCCCUCCAUUGACGUGUUCCUGUUGACGACUAAAGUGGGCGGCUUAGGUGUAAACCUCACCGGAGCGACCAGGAUCAUCAUCUACGACCCUGACUGGAAUCCGUCAACUGACUUGCAAGCGCGAGAGAGAGCCUGGCGACUCGGCCAGACAAAGCCAGUCGCCAUUUACCGGCUAAUGACUUCGGGCACUAUCGAGGAGAAGAUUUACCACCGCCAGAUCUUCAAGCAAUUUAUGACGAACAAAGUCCUCAAAGACCCGAAGCAGCGGGCCAACUUCGAUCUCUCUGACCUUUAUGACCUCUUUAGCUUUGGCGACAAUAGCCAUAGUAUGGCCAGCGCCAAUAGAAGCAAGGUCUUUGAGGGCGCGGAGGUCAAGUUCAACCAGUCAGAGGGCCACAAUCAGCUGGAGAAGCCGUCAAAGAACGCCGUUCCCAUCUCCUCCGUCAAGGCAGAAGACGAAGUCGACACUGUCCGCAAGCUUUCCGGCGUCGCUGCAAUGGAAGAGUUCACGGAGCCUACAGAUGACAGCGAGGAGAAGCGCAUUACCGAGAAUCUGUUUUCUCGAACUGUGGAUAGCGCCUACGAGCAUGACCAAAUCAUGAAUGGUAAGAAGAAGGUGCAGGCUGACCAGGCCAUGAAUCGACACGAAGCGAACAAGAUAGCGGCCCAGGCUGCCGCCCAUUUGCGACGAGCUGGAGAGGCUGCGCGCCGCAUCCCCAUCGGAACUGUCACCUGGACUGGCGAGAUAGGCGAGGGAGGCCGACCUACUGCACCGCGACGCCGCGGAGUGAAUUCUUCGGCGGUCAUGUCUUCCCUUGCGGAUCGUCAGGGGCUCAGCCAGCCGGCCAGCGGCUCCAGUUCACGGGGCAAUACUCCAGGUACGGACAAGCCCUUGAAGGAGAAGGAUUUCAUACCCCUGAUACAGACUUUCAUGAGACGUCAAGGAGGCAAGGCAGUGACUAAGAUGCUGGUUGAUCACUUCAAUCCGUAUUGCAAGACUCCAAAGCAGACGGACGACUUCAAGAGUGCGUUGGACAGGGUAGCCGUCCUGGGGAAGACGGGUGGCACGGGUAGGGGUACUUGGACGCUAAAGCCUGCUUUCAAGUAG